UACCUGUUUAGUGGCUGGAAAGAUUGGGAGGUUGCAUUGUGGUUACUGCAUUUGGGGUUGAGCAUGGUGAAGGUCGACAGCUUUCUUUCACUCGAGAUGGUCGGUUUUAGACUUAUUCAUUGUGUUUACUAUCCUGACAAGUGUCUUGUUAAGAUCAAGAGUCUUCCAUUAUCUUUUUGUUCAGCCAAGGAACUAUGUGGUCGAGUGGAAAUGCUGCCUGGUGGCCCACCCUGGAUGUCCCAAGUAAUCCCUACUGUACAUCCAACAAAAUCACCUGUCAUUUUGUAUUGGCGUGAUCCCCUGGAAUGUAUCGUGAGCCUUUUAAAUCACCCUUUCUUUCAUGAUCGAAUGGAUUUUACACCUCGCAGGGUGUAUGCUACUGCGCAGCGACUGUGCUGCAUAUACUCUGAA